UCAUGCCCUGUUCGCCCCGCGCUGCGCUCCUUUGGGACUUGGUCCUGGGCGUCUUGGGCACCGCCGCCUUCCUGAUCGACCUGGGUGUCGACCUGUGGGCUGCCAGCCAGUAUGUGCUCAGCGGCCGCUACUUGUGGGGCGCACUGGUGCUGGCACUGCUGGGCCUCUCCUCCGUGGUGCUUCAGCUCUUCAGCUGGGUCUGGCUGCGCGCCGACCCCGACGGCCUGCACGCGUCGCAGCCCUCCGGCCGUUGGCUGGCGCUGCUGCAUCUCCUUCAGUUGGGCUACCUGUACAGGUGCCUGCAGGGGCUGCGGCAGGGGCUGCUGGUGUGGCGGCAGGAGGUGCCCUCCGAGUUCGACCUGGCCUACGCCGACUUCCUCGCCCUGGACAUCAGCAUGCUGCGGCUCUUUGAGACGUUCCUGGAGACGACGCCACAGCUCACGCUGGUGCUGGCCAUCGUGCUGCAGAGUGGCCGGGCCGAAUACUACCAGUGGGUCGCCAUUGGCGUGUCCUUCCUGGGCAUCUCGUGGGCACUGCUGGAUUACCACCGAGCCCUGCGCACCUGCCUCCCCACCAAGCCCCUCCUGGGCCCGGGCUCCUCCGUGAUCUACUUCCUGUGGAACCUGCUGCUGUUGUGGCCCCGCGUCCUGGUGGUGGCCCUGUUCUCAGCCCUCUUCCCCCGCUAUGUGGCCCUGCACUUCGUGGGCCUGUGGCUGGUGCUGCUGUUCUGGGUCUGGCUUCAGGGCACAGACUUCAUGCCAGGCUCCUGCUCUGAGUGGCUGUACCGGGCUACCGUGGCCACCAUCCUGUAUUUCUCCUGGUUCAAUGUGGCGGACGGCCGCACCCGAGGCCGAGCCGCCAUCCACCUGGUUUUCCUCCUGGGUGACACCGUUCUCAUUGUGGUCACCUGGCUGAUGCAUGGCACCUGGCUGCCCAGCGGGAGCCUGCUGCAGAUCUUGCUGCCCAUGGGCAUGGCCUGCUUCUUUCUGGGUCUGGUUUUGCGGGUUGUCUACUAUCGUUGGCUACACCCCAGCUCCCGCUGGGAGCCUGACCAAGUGGACGGGACCCUGGGUUCCCGCUCCCAACAGUUGCGUCAGCUGCCUCAGAACAAGCGCAUGACUAAAUUGGCUCAGAACUUUUUCCCCAAGGCUAGGGCUGAGGCUGCUUUGCCAUGGGACAGAGACAUGAAUGGGGUCCUUUGAGGAGGGUCAACCCCAGCCAGGGACCAGUGGACUGAUGAGUCAGUUGCUAGGAUGCAGAAGAUAAGCUAAUUAUGCUGCUAUGGGCCUUGGUUCUCUCAACAGGCACCUGUGGCUUGCUGUGUGCAGCCUCUGGAGGCCAGAGUGGAGUGAGACAGGCCUGCCUGGAGAAUGGGAGCCAGAUGAGAAGGGCUGAGCCGCAGAGAGUCAAGGGCUCUCGUAAUGUACAAGACACUUUGAGAGGAAAGACCUUUCUUCCCUUAACCCCAUGCCUGCCAGUGUAGCUGGUGUUCCAAAGCAUCUGUGUUGAUACUUAUACCUCCCCAGUCACCUGUAACAUUAAUUGCUAAAGGUGGCGUCAGACUCCUGGGUUCCCCUCCCUGGGGCUAGAAGGCCCUGGGACUCCAGGAUGUGUUCUCUGGAAUCCCUCCCUGCCCCGCCCCCAGUCGUUCAGUUCAUUCAACGUGUUUACUGUGUUCUGUGCCAAGAACAUCAUUCCAUGUUUGGAACCUGCAAGGAUCAGUGGACACCCUUGUACCAUUCCUUCUCUCCAGGUCCUCCAGGCACUCAGACUGGAAGCCAGGGAUGCCCAAUCGGCUGGCCCCUCCCAGCCCCUCCUCGGCCUUAGUGAAGCUGGUCCAGCCCAGCUCUUGUACUUGAGGGGCCUCUGUCAACCAAGUGCCUUGUGAACCUGUGGUCAGGGCCAUGGCUCAGCCUAUUGGUGUUUCUGUCCUCUGGACCAUGUACUUUCUACCUCAGUCUAUGAGAGGAAGAGGUGUGUGCACGUGUCUCUGCAAGUGUUUUGUUUAACAGUAUUACUAGGUUAUUAUUAAAACCUCAUGAGUGCUCCAACUUAGUCACGUCUUUAAAUCUACGGCAUUCAAAGCCGCCUGAGGGGUCAGGGACAGCCCUCCCCUGCAGCGCGGUAAAGGCCCUGCGA